UGGAGGUUGCCGUCGUAUUGAGAUUUCGUCUCUCUAUCUCUCUUAAUUGAGGGCUUGAACAGCUCGAUAGAAGGGGAAGAUGCGCAGCCAGCCUUCUGUAAGUGUCCGGAAAUCUGUGUGAUGAAAAGGCCGCCCUCGCCUCCGAACCAAGAAGAAGAUGCAUGACUUCACGACCGUUGAUGGCUUUAUGGACGUGAAUGAUUGCGUGGUAGAGAUGAUACAGAGGGUAGCAAAUGAGCCGUCAGUCGGCCUUUUCUACGUCCAGCAGCAUACUCAGAACGCGGUUCCGAAUUUGAUUCGUACGAAGAAUAGAGUUAUGGAGAAGUCAAAUGAGGUAGCAUUGCAUACGGCUAACUUGGACGACUCCAUCACCAUGGUGAGAUCAAUGAAAGACUUUGGUGUGCCUAUAGCUGAUCAGAUGACUAAAGACAUUCAGAAGUCUUUGAUUAUGUUGUCAAGCAUGAAGCUGCAGAAACGCCCAUUUCGUGUCACUUCAGAAGGUGAGGGCAGUUCAUCAUGGCGUGGUCUGCGGAUGGCCAGAAGUGGGUCUUGGGGAGGUUCGACGUUUGGUUCAAGCUCUGUUUCAACUCAAGUGAAAGAAACUAGCAACUUGUACCACCAAUAUGAACCCUCUACCUCCGAACCUUCUCAGAUGACAGAGAGUAAAGGAUCAAACAAACUUUCCGUGAUGUUGAAUUCUGCAAAGCAGAAGGCUUCAGUUCUCAGAUGGCUGCAACGUGAUGCUUCAGGACCUCAUAGUCUGAAUAAUAAAUAUUCUGGUUCUUCUAGUGCAACCCCACCAUUCAUCGACAUUCGAUCAGAUGAUCCACAUCUCUCUGGGCAGAUAAGCCAUCAGUCUGAAAUGGUUGAACAUUAUGAACCGCCUACCACGGGUGAUCCUUCUGUAGAAUCACAUAUUAAUGAGCCAUCAGAACUGAUGGAGAGCUAUGAGAAAUUCAAGUCUGAUCGUGAAGCCAAGCUAGAGGAAUGGCUUAAAGAGACUGAUAAUCAUAGGUACCAGAUUGGUACUAAUGAAAAUACAGCUACUGCAGACUAAAUAUUGGUCAAACGUUUGUGCUGCCAUGAUUUCAAGUAUCUAGCUUUUCUCGUGGUCAUGUCAAGGCAACAGGCUUUCAUCUUCCAUGCUUUCAUAGAGGAGCUCCUUGCACGAUUCACAUCAUGGACCGGUUUUUACUCUGAAGUUUAAUGUAAUUUUCAGGUUAAUUCUCUUUGUUCUAUGAUCGUUACUGUUACUGAGAUGUCAUUGUCCUGUAUAGUGUUUUUGGAAAUCAUGUUAGCCUAUCUUGAACGCACAUAAGCUUUCAUCAUGUGCCCUUGAGAGCUGAACCCUGUAUAUUUGCUGUAUUUUUUUGGAAAAGGGCUGCGUUGUACUAUUUGUUCUACAUUUUUGAUAAAGUGAUUUCUAUCUAGUUCUGUAUCA